AUGUGUUUCCCUCUCUUGUUCUGGAUCACGUUCUACUCACUCCCACCCGUCGUUUCCACGUGGGUGAUUCUCAGCUUCCGGGAUAUCCGAAGAUGCAAGGAGGAGCAAGAGAAGGAGGGAGAGGGGGGGCAGAGAAUCAAGAAGGUCUACUUGCGCGUGCAUUCCGUGAGGCAGAGAAAGGCCAAGGAGAUCGAGAGUGGGGCCGAACCCUAUGCUGCGGACAAGAGGAACACCGUUGCUAUGGAUGAGUAUGCAGACGGCGAGGGAUAUAACUUAACCGAGCCAGACAAGGAUGUAGUUGAUAAAAAGGCACUCGUUGAAGAGAGCCCCAAAGAGAUACGAGAAGACAUUCCGUUAAAUAGUGGAAUCUACAGCAACCCAGAGGUGGUGAUGAGCCUUAAGCUCCUCAACGACGAGGGAGAUGCAAGAGACGAGAGUGGGAAUGGCAUGGACGUGAACAUAGUUGAGGCCGAGAGGCUUGAUAGCUUGAUCGCGAGGCGGCGGUCCAAGAAGGUGGUGAACCAACAUGCCAGGAGGUCCUUGAUGAAAAAUGAUGCUAUGAUAGGGGCUCAGAUGCCUCCCAUCGUUGUACCAAAAUGGGGUAGCUCUAGCCGAUCCACCGCUCAGAUCUCUCCCGGGUCUGCCCCGUCAAUGUUGGGACCCACGAGGAAUCCGUUCGACAUUCCGUAUGAUCCACAAGAGGAAAAGCCUGACCUAACAGGGGACAAUUUCCAACAUGAGUUUGCAACAGGGCAUAACAAAGAAUUUACGUUUUGUAGGCACGAGAGCUUUAGCUUUGGCCAUUCUCUGCCCAUGGACUUCUUCGAGGAUCGUGACGACGCGCCGUUGGUUGAUGAUUUCGGGUUCAGGCGACGACGAUCGUCCAUCAGAUAUAAAUACCCGAGGCCAGAAACGGAAGAAUCAGACACGGAUUUUGGUGCUACAACGGAGGUGGAAUCCGGACACGUGCCUGACUCGGGUCCGGAUUCUAAGCCAAAUUUAGAGAGCGAUCAACCCAACAAUGAUGAGAUCAAGGAAGUCAUCCAAGUGCAUAAGAAUGAGACUGAUAAUCGUAGUACGGUGAGCACGAGGCCUAAGGCACUAGCCUACCAAAGCUUGAGUGAGGCCUCGAGCGGUGGUUCAUCUGACGAGGAUCAUACGCCCGUUUGCAAAAUAAAUAGAGAGGCCAUACUGAAAUCGCUCUCGAUCCGAAGAAACUGUGUCUCCAUCCCAGACAUCGAGAGGGAGAGCAACAAUCAUCUACAAGAAAACAAUCUCACUUAUGCCAACUCUGCCCUAGAGAAUGCAAGCAGAUUGAAGCAGCAAUAUUUCCCCGACAAGCCCCAAAAGCACCACGGCAUGACCUUCUCCGACAUGCAAGUCGAGGUGUCUGAGCUUAGCUCCCCACCGCUCACAAUCGGCGAGAACAUGUCAUACCAGGACCACGCCUCUGCCUAUGACACGGAAAUGGAGCGAAACACUUCUUGGGACGGCCUAGACUCAUGGGCGGGCUCAUCCCGUCUGUCUGAAGCCGAGGACAGCGAGACUAGGCCGCCCACAGCAAAUGGAAAAAAACGAGGCAUUAUCCCAUCAUCUAGUUCCGUAGUUGGCUUGCAGACUAGUACUGGUGAGAUUAUCACAGAAACUACCUCGCCAGGAUCCACGUCGCCUGAAUCUAGUUCUGCCGAGGAACAGUCUCCUGCUACAACAUUAGCAGAGAAUUUUGGUAGCAAUGAGCCCGCCCCACGCAUCGAGGCGGUCCCUACGAGUCCGGUCGCCACAAAUCCCAACGAUCCUCCUCAGGAACGCAUCAAUCUUCCAACUAUAUCGCCAAAAUCAGUACUGCAACCAACGCUGUCUGUGGCGAGUUUCGAACACGAGGAUCAUGCUCGUCUUGCAGACCAUUCGAGCUCAAACGCACCCCGAUAGCAUCAGGGGUGCAGUUUACAGUUGGCACGAGCUCGAAUGGAGCUGCCGAAUCAUCACAGCAAAAGAUUGAAGUAAUUGACC